AUGGAGAAUUAUGGGCCACAGUCUGUGAUGAGCACUUUGAUCUCAAAGCUGCCAGCGUCAUCUGUACUGAACUGCAGUGUGGAACGGUUCUGUCUGUCCGAGGGGGAGCUCACUUUGGAGAAGGACGUGGACAAGUCUGGGCUGAAGCAUUCCAGUGUGAAGGAACUGAGUCCCACCACGCGCCUAGGUCUCUCUGGGGCGCUGCGGCUGCUGAGUGGAGAGAGCCGGUGCGAUGGCAGAGUGGAGAUUUCCCUCCGAGGUGUGUGGAGCCGGGUGCUGGAUGACCAGUGGGACAUGAACGAUGCCAGCGUGGUCUGCAGGCAGCUCCAGUGCGGAGCAGCUGAGAGAGCUUAUAACCCCCCUUCGUCUGAGCGAGGGAUGGGCCCCGUGGGGAUGAGAAGGGUCCAGUGUGCAGGGAACGAAACUCAUCUGAUUGGCUGUGACAACUCCACGUCUGAGCUGGCCCAGGCAAGAAUUGCCGAGGACAUCGGUGUCGUUUGCUCGGGGAGCAGGCGGAUCAGGCUGGUGAAUGGGCCGGGUCGCUGUGCCGGGAGAGUGGAGAUUUAUUACAAUGGCACCUGGGGGACAGUCUGUGACGAUUCCUGGGACCUGCCAGACGCCGAUGUCGUUUGCAAACAGCUGGGAUGUGGACACGCCCUCAAUGCAACUGUCUCUGCUCAUUACGGGCAAGGGUCCGGGCAGAUCUGGCUGGACGAUGUGAAGUGCUCUGGGAACGAAUCCGAUCUCUGGGCCUGUCCUUUCGCACCCUGGGGCCAGCACAACUGCAGACACAAGGAGGACGCGGGAGUUCUCUGCUCAGAGUUCACAGACCUGCGGCUGGUGAGUGGCAGUGGCUGUGCCGGGCGGCUGGAGGUUUUCUACAAUGGGACGUGGGGCAGCGUCUGCUCCAAUCAGAUGUCUACAGUCACUGCAUCAAUCAUCUGCAAGCAGCUGAACUGUGGGGACAAAAGGAAUAUCGAGUCUGGCCCUGAGUAUGGAGAAGGUUCUGGUCCCACAUGGCUGGACCAUGUUACAUGCCGUGAGCAGCACAGCUCCCUUUGGCAGUGCCCCUCCCGCCCGUGGGAACAGCAGUCGUGUGAUGACCGUGCGGAAGAGACCCACAUCUCUUGCACUGGUAAUUCUGACACGCUCCACGCUGACACGCACCCUCUGCACGUCUGACACAAGGGAAGGGCCUG